AUGGAAGGCAAUCAGCGUAAAUCCCGUAGUUUCAGCCUGGUGAAUCCAGAUUACCAUCAUGAGAUAUAUAAGAUCUCUGACUACAGCGAUGAUGUUAAUGGGGAGACCAAAGAAACACAACCAGUUUUUUUAGGAGAUGAAAGCCGGGAAAUUAAAAAACAAAUUACAGGGAUGAGAAGAUUACUGAAUGACAGCACUGGAAGAAUCUAUCAACGAGUUGGCAAAGAAGGAGAAAAACUGAAGGAGGAGCCCCAAGAUUUAGAUUUAGCCUGGGCUCAGCGCCUGAAUCCCCCUGCAGAGUCCCAGGCCAGCCUUCAUCCGUCACAGAGCGGUGCAUGGAAUGAAUUAUCACCCCAAGCUAGCCAUUUUUCAGGGCAAUAUGGAACUCGCUCCAAAACGUUCCAAAAUCAAACACGAACCGUGACAUCCAAUGGAGAAAUCCCAAUGGCAAAUUCAUCAGUUGGACCAAACUGCUGUACGUGUAAUUGCCAGUCAACCCUGCAGGCGAUUCUUCAAGAGCUCAAGACCAUGCGAAAAUUGAUGCAGAUUCAAGCAGUUGGGACUCAAAACAGACAGCAGCCUCCUGUUCCUCUGAUUUGUGCGCAGAAGUCAACAAUAUCGAGGAAGAGAAAUAAAAAGAAAAAACUGCCCCUCAAAACUGUUGAACCAAUUACCAUGAAUAAGAAACCCAGUUCUGCAGAGAAUGAAAAUAAGCUGUCGGCAAACUCAGAACGAUCGAGUGUGCAAGCAGUCGAACCCCCCCUAAAACCAGAUACCCCUGUUUCAGGAUUUGGAAUUAUCCUUGAAUCGGCUUCAUCAGAUCCAGAAGUGCAACUUGCAGAAGGCUUUGACGUCUUCAUGCCGAAAUCUCAGCUGGACUCUAUAUUAUCAAACUAUACUCGCUCAGGAAGUCUGCUCUUUAGGAAGCUGGUCUGUGCAUUUUUUGAUGACAAGACUUUGGCUAACUCUUUACCAAAUGGCAAAAGGAAAAGAGGGCUCAAUGACAACCGGAAGGGACUAGACCAAAAUAUUGUGGGUGCAAUAAAAGUCUUUACAGAAAAAUACUGCACUGCUAACCAUGUGGAUAAACUUCCUGGUCCUAGGGACUGGGUCCAGAUUCUUCAGGAUCAAAUUAAACUUGCAAGAAGACGAUUAAAAAGAGGCUCAGCAGACGCAACUGACUGUGAUGAGAAGCCGGACUUUUCUCUACUACAAACAG